CCAUCAGGCAGUAGCAUGAAAAAGCUUCUGCACAAGAUGCUUCCUCACAGAGGUAAAGACCAGGCCAAGAAGGGCGACCCAGACGUUCUGCCCGUCCUGGACGACCCAAGAGUGCGCCCGCUCACUCCAACACCAUCCAACCAUGAACUCACCCAGUCUUCUAUCGAAGCCGCAUCUGGAAGUCCCUUUUUCCAAAAGUUGCCAUCUGAGAUCCGAACUCGCAUUCUAACCGAGGCAUUCGGUGCUCGCACCGUCCACAUGGACCUCUGGCAAGACCAUCCUGAUGUCGAGAUCCCCAAGAAUGACAAGAGCUCACACGGCCCACACGUCCAUGGCCGCGGACGCGUCUAUACGGCUGGACGCCCGGGCUAUAAUUACUUGCUCAGAGAUCAGCAGGAGCCUAAACAGUGGAUCUGGCAGGGGUCGGUCUGUCACCGCAACGCUCCCGAGCCUUACAAGAAAUUCUGGACUGAGCUAGAGCCUUCUGAAGACUUUUGUCGCUAUGGCGGCCUCGGAGACACAGAACUGGGUGAUAUCUGCGAAAUGUGGCAUGCCAAAGACGAUGAGCCAAGCUGCAACAUUGGCGCCAUGGGCUGGCUUCUUAGCUGCCGCCAAGCUUACAAGGAGGGCAUCGAGGUUCUCUACUCCACUAACACCAUCCAUUCGGCAAGCAAGCUCAUGCUGCUCAAUCUGGACAAGCUUCUGCUCCCCCAGCGCCUGUCCAACAUCAAGUCCCUGGAGCUGAUCUGGACUUUCGACCCGUACCUGGGCGACUGCGAGCCUACAAGGGAGCCUUGCAGAGAUUCCGAGUCCUUUGACAAGUUUCUGGAGGCCCUGCCAGUCUUCUUCCCAGGUGUGCAGCAUCUCCACGUCGCCAUCCAGGGGGAGAUAUUCCCUGGUGAGCGGAAGGCGAGCGGUGGCUGGGGUUUCAUGAAGAAUACUACCAAAGCCAUCGAAGUAGUCUUCGAGAAGGAUAUCAUGAUCCCUUUUGACCAGAUGGUGCACCGGCUCGGUCCCGGCGUUCGUCAGGUGACAUUGGCUUGCUCCAGCUUUUUGUACGGCGGGGCCAGGGGAGUCGCACUCGAGAACAACCCAGACCAUGUUCAGCAAGUCCACCUCGGCGCCAAGAAGGAGAGAUUCUGGAGACCCUUUGUCGGAGGCAGAGGACGCAACAAUCAUCUUGGCGGGUACUGGGUGCAGCUUGGCCAGAGAGAUGCCAAGCCUGUCCAUCUCCACAUCAUUAGUCGCUUCGGCUUCCCGUCUUCUGGCCCAAUGACCCCUCCGGAGAAGGCGGUGCUUGCGAGCCCAGCUUCGCUGUGGUACGCCGAUAUGCGUCGCUGA